ACAGUUUGCCGUCUCCAAUGGCCAGCGUAGUACUCCUGUUGGCUGUGGUCUUCACGCCCAGCUUCGUUCUGUCCUCGGAUUCGGAGAGCGAGGACGUUCUACCCAGCGUGCGCUACCGUGACUACGACAGCCCUAAUCGAAGUCCUAACGCUCAGCGCAACGCUCCGGAGUUUGUCAAAGAUCUCUACAGCCUGCAGUCAAUCCCUGUUCCGGGUGUUGACUACGAGUUCCUCCCAGUACCUAUGAAGCUUUCAGGCAAUUAUCGGAAUGCAGACUCUGAAAAUCGGGAAGACAAAGAUGCUACUAUAGACACUGCAGAAAAAAUCUACAAGGAACCACGAUUCACCGGAAAGAACGAUGCCAGUUCGGAAGUAGACGACAACACCGGCGAACAAAACGAAGAGUCUAAAGACGCAGUCAAGCAGGAUCUCCAGAGAAAGACCGUCUUCGACAGCAGCGAUGAACGCCACGAUAGUUCGCUGCCCAUCUUCGACGCUGAUGAAGGCCGACGAGACUACGAAAGUUACCCCUCCAGGUUGCCUCCGCCAUCGGAACGAAGCCCACGGCUCGAACCUCAAUAUCCUGGUGCGUCCGCCUAUCCCGGCCGCCGAGACAUUGAGAUGCCUCGGACCGGCUUUCUCGGCGUCUCACAGGCGCGCCUCGAGUCGCAACCGACGGGCUCCGCGCAAGGGGGUGGAAGAAGCGACGAACGCUCUUCGAAGCCCGCCCUGGUGUUCCAUUUCGACAUCCCCAAUGACAAGUUCCACGCGGACCUGGCUCACGGCAGAUUCAGCACGUUCAAGGAAGUGCCUAGCUCGCUCGACACGCUCGUCAGUAGCGACGUCAGCUUCCUCAACAAGAUGAUCGCCGACCCCCCUGUGCCUGACAAUCUGACCCGAGGCGGCACGGAGCGGUCCUACGACACAGGUGGUGACGGCGCAAACGCUGUAAUCCCCGUCUAUCCCUUCACCGAGCAGCACCCGAGCCGCCCAACUCCUGGCUCCUCCUUCCAGGCGUACCCACCAAAGGGACAUCGAGCGCCUAUGCGUUACGAGUCCAGUACAGGAUCGUACGAGGAUCGUGGAAGCUACAGCCAGCCUGAUUCCGGUCCACGGGGAUAUAGUUCCGAACAGGAAUACCCUUAUAAGGCUUCCGCGUCGACGAUGCAGGUGAAAACCAAGCCAGCAAAUGGAACGCCGAGGGCCAAGAGGGCGUCCAAGACGUCGGGAUACCGCGAGACGCGCAUUUCACCCGAUUUCAUUAAAAGAAGUGCAAACUCUACGGAAGCCAAGGCGGCUGGCCAUGGAUCGACUACGCUGGCGCCCUGCAGUGAAAAGGAGGACACGCUGCCCUUCUGCUUAGUUGAUCCAUUUUACCCGACGAAAGAGAUCACAAUGGCGCUCCGGGAAGACGCCGAGUUCGUGCGGGUCUUCAGCCAUUUGAGAGCGGCCCAGAAGGCCGGCGGCCGUGGGCGCGGCGCGGCGCGGAGUCUGGCCGCCCACUGUACCAGCUCCGUGCGGCCUGUGCGGCCCCUCAAAGGCAGGGAUGUGCUCGGAGAGUGGAAGACCAUUGUCAACAUCGACGGCUUUGGCCAGGAACUGCUCUUAAACAGAUGCAGCGCUGAAAACAGUCCGUGCCGCGCCAAGUCACCGAAGUCCUGUGUGCAGUUGUACGAGAUCCGAAUGCUCGCACUCUACAACCAGCGCACGCGGAGGCUGCACAGUGGCGAGUUCCGUGUACCCGCCGGAUGCAUCUGCGGCGAUGACGCGCGCCCCUGAGCAUCUUUCCUCCAUCUGACAACUUAUUAUUUUGAUUACGGGUACGUGGGAUGAAUGAGCACGUUCUGACUAGCGCCUCACAAUCGGCAGUAACGCGGGCCAUCGGGAUUGCGGCUCGAGCACCUUUUAUUAUUCGUAGCAGAAAUCAGUAAUUUCCUACGGGAAGCUGCCCAUGACGCAUACACAUCCGUUUAGAUUCAAUGCAGAGGAAAGUCAACGGAGCAGACAACGUAAGGAACAAAGAAGUUUUCAAUCAUUCCGUACACGCGCUGGGGGCAGCCAUUGCACAAGUAAAUGAUAUGCUCGACUUACUGUGCAGCAUAUUGUUCUCCUCUCUUCUAUGGAAUAAACAAGCGUACUUCGUUGAA